AUGGCGGCGAAAAUUUAUAUCUCGAUCUUUUUUACUUUUCUCGGCCUAACCAUGGCUUUCGAUUUAAUGGAUGAUGUUAAUCUGGAAGGUCAGAAGGAAGAUGAGAUUUCUAGCAGCCAUCGGACUGACAGUUUAAGCAUGCUUAUUCUAAUAUCAUUAUUAAUAGCGACUGUAUUGAUGAUCUGGUUGUUUAAGAUUCGGCGAUUUAGCUGUUUCCACGAAACCGGAGUUGCGAUGAUUUUUGGGAUUAUAGUCGGUGCUAUUAUUCGAUACUCUGAAGAUAAAGAUAGCGUCGAAAAGGCCGUCUCUAUACAUAACUGUGACAACCUGACUUCGGCGCCGCGUAAUGUUUGGAUGAAAGUCAACGGGACCCAAUACUCUUAUAUACUUUCGGGUAUCGUUCAACAUGCGAGAAAAGGAGCUGAGGGAAACGAGCUUGAAGAUAAAUCUUCCUUCAAUCCUGAGAUAUUCUUCUACGUUCUUCUUCCGCCAAUUAUAUUCUUCGAAGGUUAUCUACUGCAGCGCCGUUACUUUUUCAGAAAUCUCGGAGCCAUAUGCACGUACGCUUUUUUUGGCACGACCAUCUCCUGCCUUGUCGUUGGAGGGAUGAUUUUCGGAUUCAACAAGCUGACAGGAGUUGUCGAAACAUUUGAUUUUCCCGAAUGUCUGCUUUUCGGUGCAAUGAUUUCAGCAACAGACCCGGUAACAGUGUUAGCUAUCUUUCAUGAUUUGCAUGUGGACGUGGAUUUGUAUGCUUUAGUUUUUGGCGAAAGCGUACUGAAUGAUGCCGUGGCUAUCGUUCUUUAUCGUGCAAUUGAGACGUAUCUCGCCUACAACCCGUCAGAAGUUCGUAAAUUUGAUGUGUUUUCGUUCUUCACGGCUUUAGGCGAAUUCGUUGCUAUCUUCGCCGGAUCCUUGCUCAUAGGCUGUGCAUUUGCCUGCAUCACCGCCCUUCUGACAAAGCUCACAAAGAUUGGCAUGUUCCCUAUUUUGGAAACAGCCCUCUUUUUUCUGAUGUCAUAUACAACGUUUCUGGCAGCUGAAGUGGCAAGCUGGUCAGGUAUCGUUGCGGUGCUGUUCUGCGGAAUAACACAGCGACACUAUACCCAUAAAAAUCUUUCCCCAGAGUCAUCAAUAAGAACGCUACAAACAUUUGAACUUUUAAACUUCCUAGCAGAAAAUUUCAUAUUUUCUUACAUAGGGCUAUCCGUUUUCCUUUUCAACUACCAUCAGUGGAACUUUGGUUUUAUUGGUACUGCCUUUAUAGCAAUUCAUAUUGGCCGUUUUCUGAACAUUUACCCGUUAUCUUUGCUGCUGAAUUGUGGCAGGACGCGCAAAAUCGCCUGCAGUCAUCAACAUACAAUGAUGUUUGCUGGUCUUCGUGGUGCCAUCGCAUUUUCGCUUGCCAUUCGUAACACCGUAUCGAUGCCACGGCAAAUGAUGCUCACAGCCACAUUGUCUAUUGUCGUAAUAUCGGUGAUUUUCUUCGGUGGGCUGACCCUGCCAAUGACGAAAUGUCUUGGAAUAGAGACUGGAAUUGAUGAAACCGAGGAAGAGUUCAAGGCAAAAAGACUUAGUUUGAUUGACAUCAAUGACCCAAGUAACACAGAUGAAGACAGGGCGGAGAAGAAGAAGUUCGAAAAGUCUUGGCUAGUGAGGACAUUUUCUGCCUUUGAUACCAAAUACCUGAAACCAAUUUUCACUGAUAUACACAAUGAGUAGACAAUUUGUCUUCCGCUAGCAAAGCCACGUAACAGAAGCAUAUUUUGAACUUGGCAUCUUUUUCAAAAAAGCUUCGGUUAACUGAAGUGAAUGAGAUGAAAUAUGACAGUGACAACGGUCAACCUGACGCCGAAGCCUUGAGUUUUCUUAUUGGAUCGGUUGGGAAAACCAAACACCUUAUGGAGUCGGUUGUACCAGACUAAAAAUAAAUUGAUGAGCGGAAAAAACAUCGAAGACUAGAUGCAUGACACAACGCAAAAUGCAAGGAACUCAGUCAAUCUUGGUAAAACAUGUCACCUGAACGGAGAACCACUCGCCCUUUUAAUGACCAAGAUUUAUCUUAAAAACCAAUUCCUAGACGUCGUUCUUUAAAAAAUGUCCGCUUUCAAUUCUAAUAAAGCACAUAUGGCUCCCAGAGCGGUAAUACAAAUUGUAUAAAAUUCUUAAUCUGUACUUGUAUUGACUCUGAAAAGUUGUGUUUUUGCAACGACGAUUCAUGUGCACACAGUCAUUGUUUGUAGUUUGUCUGCAGAAAAGGUAGAAUAGGCAAAAGACGCAUUCUUGUCUGCAAUGUCUGCCUUGCGUACGGAACGAAAAAUGCGUCUCCUUUGCGUCUUCGACAGAAUGCUUAAAACAAAGAAUACAAACAGAGACAAGUAUAUUGAUGGAGAUAAUGAAAUUUAUUCAACACAAGCCAUUUCUUUUCAACUCAAGUUUUGGCUUGGCUCAUGACAUUAGUUCUAUAUUAGCAAGGCGUUCUAUAAAUGAAGGAGUCGCCUCUGUGAUGUCAUAAGUGACAAUUGAAAUGGGGUUACGUCACACAGGAAUAGCGGGACAACCAAAAAAGAUAAAAGUCAUUUUUAGGUGACUAAUCUAUAUUGCUCUUAAAAUACAAAUUAAUAAUCUAGGUAAAAAUUCGUAUAUUUCCUUAUAUUACAUAGAGAAUUUCUUUGAAAUAAAAGUAUCCCGAAAUUCUCAUUUCGUUGAUAAUGAAAUUAUAAAAAUAUGUUUACAUGCAUUAAUAUUUACAUUUGAAAUAUAAAGAACCAGUUUAGCAAGUUUCAAUUGUAAACUGGCUUUCAAAAAAAUAUUUCUGUAAUUUGAAAAUUUCUUAUGGAAUAUUCCCAGAUAUAUUAAACUGCCAGUGUCCAUAUAUUAAAGGCCAUUUCAUAACUAUAUGCUUUUGCGAUGUGCUGUUCCUGAAAUUGUCUUCUUUUAUUAUGAUCAAAAUACUUGGUUGUGA